GCCGCGGUCUUAGCGCCUGGCUAAGGCUACCUGACAGAGAAUCCAACAAGGGGCCGGAAGCACUCGGAAGUCACGUGCUACCCGGGCCGCGCGCGUGAUUGGCUUGGGAGGACGUGAAUGAUGCCGCUGUGAUUGCCGAAUUGUCUGGGCAGGUUUGGAACCUGAUGAGCUCUGGUGACCUGUGCAUCCCUCUGCAGAGAAAGAGGAGGGAGAGGCUUGCUUUCUCUGGACUCUAGCGGUCACAUCCCAUCAGGAGCCCUGAAGGCCCACCUCAAGCAUCAUCAACAUGGAGUUCUGAAGUCCAUGUGGCUCCUCACCGUGAACCAGGUCUUAAGGAAAAUGCAGAGACGCCACAGCAGCAACACAGAUAACGGUCCACCUGAAAGAAAUCGCAGCCAAGCGCUCAGCUCCGAGGCGAGCGUGGAUGAAGGCGGCGUCUUUGAGAGUCUGAAGGCAGAGGCGGCCUCCCCACCUGCACUCUUCUCCGGCCUCCCUGCCAGCAGCCUCCCCACCGCCCCAUUCCCAUCCAGCCUGGUGCUGGGGGCAUCGGCCGGAGGCGGGGACGUGUUCAUCCAGAUGCCAGCGUCCAGGGAGGAGGGCGGGGGCCGAGGCGAGGGGGGCACCUACCACCACCGCCAGCCCCUCCAUCACUUCCAUCACGGCGGCCACCGCGGGAGCUCGCUGCUGCAGCACGUGGGUGGGGACCACCGCGCUCACUCCGACGAGGGGGGCGACGAGCAGCCAGGGACGCCCGCCCCUGCCCUGUCCGAGCUGAAGGCCGUGGUCUGCUGGCUCCAGAAAGGCCUGCCCUUCAUCCUGAUCCUCCUGGCCAAAGUGUGCUUCCAGCACAAGCUCGGCAUUGCCGUGUGCAUCGGGAUGGCCAGCACCUUUGCCUAUGCCAACUCCACGCUGCGAGAACAGGUCUCUCUGAAGGAGAAGAGAUCGGUGCUGGUCAUCUUGUGGAUCUUGGCCUUUCUGGCAGGAAACACCCUAUACGUACUCUAUACAUUCAGUUCCCAACAGCUGUACAACAGCCUCAUAUUCUUGAAGCCCAACCUGGAGACACUGGACUUCUUCGACCUGCUCUGGAUUGUGGGUAUCGCAGACUUCGUGCUGAAGUACGUCACCAUUGCCCUCAAGUGCCUGGUCGUGGCCUUGCCCAAGAUCAUCCUGGCUGUCAAGUCCAAGGGAAAGUUCUAUCUGGUCAUCGAGGAGUUGAGCCAGCUGUUCCGAUCACUUGUCCCCAUCCAGCUGUGGUACAAAUACAUCAUGGGGGAUGACUCUUCCAACAGCUACUUCCUAGGAGGGGUCCUGAUUGUUCUCUACAGCCUCUGCAAGUCUUUCGACAUCUGUGGCCGUGUGGGCGGAGUCAGGAAAGCCCUGAAGCUUCUCUGCACCUCUCAGAAUUACGGAGUCCGGGCCACUGGGCAGCAAUGCACAGAAGCCGGCGAUAUCUGCGCCAUCUGCCAGGCUGAGUUCCGGGAGCCUCUGGUCCUCAUGUGCCAACACGUGUUCUGUGAGGAGUGCCUCUGCCUCUGGCUGGACCGGGAGCGCACCUGCCCGCUCUGCCGCUCGGUUGCCGUGGAUACCCUGCGCUGCUGGAAGGACGGGGCCACUGCAGCACACUUCCAAGUGUAUUAGGGCGGAAGACCGAGGCACCCUGGGAGCUGACGGAUGGCCAGCGUGAUCGGGUCCGGCUCUGGGGACUUCCUGGAAAACAGGCCUCAAGCACUGACUAUCCUGCCUCCUGCCUUUCUCCCCCUCUUCCCCCAGAGCCAGGCCCCUAUCCUCCCGACCUCCACCUUCCUCUUCUGUUCUGCGGCUUAGCGCGGGCGUUCUUUCCUUCAACCCUCCUCGCUCAGACUUGGCCUCCUCCCGGGAGGGUCUCCUGCCCCCUCCAAGUGAAGGAACCGGGGAUAGACAGGUCCUGCCUGUUGUGAUUUUAACUCACGGCCCAAGUGAAGGAACCGGGGAUAGACAGGUCCUGCCUGUUGUGAUUUUAACUCACGGUGGCCUAACACCCGAUGCUGCAAGCUGGAAGGGGCCUGGAGAUCACUGCUUCCCCCCCCCCACGGCCCAGGUCUGCAGAUGGGCGUCACUGUGGAGCGUUUCCCAAAUGCGAACGCUGGGCCCCUUAUACCUGCAAUAGCUUAGUGUCCCAAGCACUUCGUGUGAGCUGAGCAUCUGCUUGGAUGACCUCUGGGAAUCGUCACAACAGCCCUGGGGUGGGAGGUACUGUCGUUUCCUCUGUUUUACGGACGGGGAAACUGAGGCACAGAGCUCCACGUGGUAGCUUUCCCAGGGUCACCCAGCUAGCAAUGGCGGACGGAGUUUCCAAACAGGCCUGUCUGGCUUCAGAGCCCACACUCUCAACCACCAUAUGCUCACCCGCUCAGACACGGCAGGCGUGGGGCCCAGCAGGCUUGGUGUGUGUGUGUUGGUUGGUUGGUUGGUUGGUUGGUUGGUUGGUUGGUUGGUUUUUUAAGCACCAGAGGUGAUUUUGAUUCCCAUCAGUGACCCAGGUGCAUAGCACAGUGAUCUGGGCCCCGCUGAGGAUGCCAACGGUGAGCAGUGGCCCUGGAAAUCUAGCUGUGGCCAAGUUCAUGGAAAGAGUUUGUCUUUAAAAUUGCUCAUUUGCCGGGCUCCGGCUGGAAUGCUCAGUCACAUUUGGGUAUCAAGAAUGGCCAGCUUUGGUCCCCAUGCAGGUGUCACGGGGUCUCCACACCUGUCUUCAUGUCUCUCCUCCUCCUCCUGUUCUUGUCCUGCCCCUCACUUAAGUCUCCGCUUGUCAACAGCGCCCGUGGCCAUUGUCUUCUCCCCCGGUAGCCUUGAGAACAAAAUGAAUGAUCCAUGUUACGGAUUUGUCCACAAGCCAGGGUGGUGGCGUGGAGCACUGCAGCCCUUGGCGCUUCUGGAACGUCUAUGCCAGAGCUACUAAUCUCUGUAAGAGAACAGUUUCUCCACCUGUGAGACCCUCCCUGCUUUGAAUCUGGAAGGAGGUAGCACAGGUGAUCACUUAGAAGCUACUGGAAUCUUGCCUGCCCUACCCCUCUCUCCAUUCUGUUCACUCGUCGUCAACCUCAGCACAAUGGGCUGGUGCCAGUGGCGUUACAGAGAAAUCAAUCUUGUGGCUCGUGAGCAGAUGAGCAACAAAGCCCCAAGCAGAAAUGGCGGGAGACUUUGCUGCCACCUCGCUCUCGGCCAGUAAUAACAAGCCCACCCCAUCCCUGAUAGUUGCAGGACAUUUGCCCCCGCGUGCUAUCAAGCCAGGACCUUUUCCUGUGCCUGGCAUCCCUGGCUCUUCCCCGGGACCCAGCAAGACGUCCCUUCCAGGGCAGCGUGGCAUCUUUCAAGCUCUGUUACUAUGGCGAUGGCGGCGGCGUUACAAUCCCACUUGCCUGGAAAAUCAAGUCCGAAGGGGAAGCGGAGGGAAGUAGGGCCGGGGGGAUGCGGCUGCUCUGCUCCCCCUACCUUCAGCAAGAGCCAGAGGGAAGCAACAGGAGCUUCUGCGACUGGUUUUUAUCAGAAAGAUCACCCUGCCUGCAGAUGCCAUCAAAGAGACACAAGAGAUUGGAGCUGGAGAUUUAUUAACAGGCCAGCUUGUGACAGAGCAGGCAGAGCAGAAUUCUGAUUCCAAACUCUGCAUGACUUUGGGAAGUCACUUCGCCCCCCAGUAGCCGUCUCCAGGAUAAAGAAACCUCGUGCACUUUCUGCCGCAGCCGGGGAAACUAACGAUGUAGAACACGGGUGGAGGGGCCAAUGGUUGUGUCUGUUAUACUCAUGCCACCAAAAAAAGAAAGAAAAAGAAAGCCCCCCACAUCUCUAAAUAUUAUUCUCCAGAUAAUGAGCCAUGCUUCUGACAUUAUAAACAGUGUCACUCGGGGAUACCGGGGACAGGUGGGAUGAUGUCGUUUAGGAUUUUACUUCUUUAUUCCCUACCCUCUGGGGAAAAGUUCUCUUCUGGAGGUUUUCUUUUUUUAAUUUUCUUUCUUAACGUUUAUUCAUUUUUGAGAGACAGAGAGCAAGCGGGGGCGGGGCAGAGAGAGAGAGAGGGAGACACUGAAUCCGAAGCAGGCUCCAGGCUCUGAGCCGUCCGCACAGAGCCCGACAUGGGGCUCGGACUCACAAACGGCGAGAUCAUGACCUGAGCCGGAGCCGAAGUCGGACGCUUAACUGACUGAGCCACCCAGGCACCCCGGAGGUUUUCUUUUGGAUGGGAGGAUCUAACUUCUACCCUAAGGAGAAGCAGCAGCCAGUGAGGAGUUGUCCAAACAUCAGGCUGCCUAUUUUCCCCACUCUGGGGUAAAAGCAGCCAAAAGUCGUUGUUGGGAAAGAACAGCUCCAUUCUCCAUGGCCCAUCCUGGCUCUGCACUCAUUGGUUAGAAGCAGGAUUAGUCGAGUAGCAGGUUGGGGUAUCCUGCUUUUAAUAUUUUGUGACCCACUGACGGAGGUUUCUGACACUCUUGGAAAUGGCCGUCUUAAUGUAAAAGAUCUUGAGCAUAAUGAAUGUGAGAAUAGGAAGGCGAGCUUUGGACCUGGAUGUGAGAUGCUCAUUACCUUCAUAACGGGAGAAUGGGAGACAUGCUUGGAGACACCGGGCGGCUAAGACUUGGGGUUGGAAAGAAGAAAUGUAAAGCGAGUCCCAGAAUCUCUUAGUAAUUUUGCUCUGGGCUGAACAGAGCCACCUUCGGUGUUUUUAAUGUCCCCUUAAGUUCCCUUCCGCCAAUAAAUAUCAUCUGUCGAUGAAACUUA